AUGUCCAACAUCUUUGCUUCUGCCAUCGCCACCGACGAGCCCAUCGAUCUCUUUGAACGCAAGAACGGAGAGACUGGUGUACCCAACGGUGUUUCCAACGACCUGCCACUCCAAACAAACUCGUUUUACUCCAACUUGCUUGUCGAAAAUCAGGACUGUGCUGUUUGGACCCACCCUUACAGCGUCUGGAACAACAAGAAGGAUAAGCGCUUUGGUCUUGGAUUGUACCUUGCCAGAACCUCCGACAGGGUGUUUGGCGAAGGCGAUCCUGCCGAGUACUUUACCCAUCCUGUUGGCGAACAAAAGCUUGUGCUUUCGUCUUCGGACUUUAAGGAGGAGCCCGAGUUUUCGUUGAGAGACUUGUCCAAAUUUGCAGCCACUGCUCGGUUCUCGUCCAAGUCAGAGAAGGACUGCCACCUCGACUGUCCUUUGGUCCAGGGCAUGGGAUUUGUUACUGGCGUCUACAGCAACUGUAUUCCAAAGAUCAGCUCGAGCAUUGGCUUCAAGUCCAUCGAUGGUGACAAGAGUCCUCGUCUGGGUACCAACAAGUACAAGAUUGAACUCGAGGACGGCACCCAGUGGUUCUUGUACGUUACUCUUUCCAACGAGGAUUCUGUAAAAUUGGCUUUGAAGGGCAAGAACGACAUUAUCGCCGAAAAGUCCGUUGACGGUGUGUUCCAGCUCUGCUUUGCUUCGGAUGUUGAUUCCAAGCACUACGACUCAGCAGCAGGCUGUUACGCCAAAAACGCCAGUAUCGAGGCGUCCGUGGAUGGCGACAAGUGUUCUUACUCUUUGAAGCUCAAUACCGAGGGCAAGCUGAACAGCAACUCUGCUCUUUUCUUUGCCUUGCCUCACCAUGUUGCAGCCUUUGACUCAGACACAAAGAACAAGGCCACCUCGCUCAAGUUGCCCACCACCACCAAGGGCGAGGCUGUGGGCGUUCUUCUGAACAAAAUCACCAUGGAGGAGAAGUUGACCAUGAAGGAUGUGGCGUGGGAUCCAGCCACCACUAUCGAAGGUAAGAAGGCCAAUUUCUCCGACAAUGCUCUCAAGGCUAUCAAGGCUGCAGCACAGGAGGAAGCCGACAAGGACGUCAGUACCGAGCUGGACGGCGACUCCAUGUAUUUCAGCGGCAAGAUCCUCGCCAAGUACGCCAUUGUGCUUUCGGUGUGUCACAAUGUGUUGAAGGACGAUGGCCUCACCGACAAGUUGUUGCAGAAGAUGAAGGACGCCUUGGACCGCUUCAAGUCCAACAAGCAGAAGUAUCCUCUUUUCUACGAUACCGCUUUCAAGGGUAUUGUGUCGCUGGCGACGGAAAACGAGGACUUUGGUAAUGGCCAUUAUAACGAUCACCAUUUCCAUUGGGGCUACCACAUUCAGGCUGCUGCCAUUACCGCUUUUGUUGACCAGGAGCGUGGAGGCAAGUGGACUGACGAGGUGAAGCCCUGGGUGACGUCGUUGGUGAGAGACAUUGCCAAUCCUUCUUCUGACGAUAAGCACUUCCCUGUGUUCCGUGCUUUUGACUUUUACAACGGUCACAGCUGGGCCAAGGGUCUUUAUGCUUCUGCCGAUGGUAAGGACGAGGAGAGCUCUUCUGAAGACUACAACCACGCCUAUGCGCUCAAGCUCUGGGGCAAAGUGGUGAAGGACGAGAACAUCGAGAGAAGAGCAGACCUCAUGUUGGCGAUCAUGAGCAGAUCCAUGAACAGCUACUUUUUGAUGGCGGACGACAACAAGGUGCAGCCUCUGGAGUUUAUUGGCAACAAGGUCACGGGGAUCCUUUUCGAGAACAAGGCCCACCACACCACCUACUUUGGCACCAACGAGGAGUACAUCCAGGGCAUCCACAUGAUCCCCAUCAGUCCUGUUUCGUCGUUCAUCAGAAAGCCCGAGUUUGUCAAGCAGGAGUGGGAGCAGAAGCUCAAGAGCCUUGUGGGUGACUUGGACGACGGCUGGAGAGGCAUUUUGAUGUUGAAUGCUGCCUUGUUUGAUCCAGACACCGCCUGGAAGUUUUUCAGCUCGUCUGACUUCAACAAGAAGCAUUUGGACGACGGUCAGUCCAAGACAUGGUCGUUGGCCUACUGUGCCGGAGUCGGGGCAUCUUCGUAA